AGGUGAUCAUUGCGAAUGGAAUUCAGAAGUGAAAUGUUCUUGUGUAUGAUAUUUGGGGCUGGGCUUCUCUUGGUCGAGGGAGUUACUAUACCACAAGUUAAUCCAGGUGUUGGUGUUGAUAUUGGACUAAAUGGAGGGAUUGCUUCUGCUAACUUGAAGCUCGGAGGAAUGCAGGAGUUUGAGAUCUGUAAUGCUGACACUGAUGACGAUGUUGGAUUGUGUACAAACAAGAAUACUUGCGAGAAUGCUAAUGGUGUUGUUGCUGGGGAAUGCAAUAAAGCUGGCAAUGCUGUCGGAGGUGAAAAUGUGCUUAUUUGCUGCAAGAAAAUCACAACUGGUGGAGAAGAUUUGUCCUCUGUCAUCUUCUACUAUCGCAAUCCUAACUGGCCUCUUGAGGAUCGAAAUGAUUUAUCCAGUAAUCUCAAGAUAUCUGUGAGAAGGGGAGUGUGUCAGCUUAGACUUGACUUCUUGACCUUUGAGCUUCCUAGACCUGACAACACUGGGAGAUGUACUGCUCAGAACAGUAUGGCUAUAAUGGCACCUGGAGCUCCCCUUGGUGUGCUUGGUGGUCGGAAUAGUCGGUUAUGUGGUCUCAACACAAAAAGUCAUCUCUACAUUCCUGCCAGCGCUGGAGACUCGGUCCAAAUUAUAACUACACUCUCUGGGACUGUUGCUGUUCCUCUGUCUAGAGCUAACUUGGCAUUUUCUUCUUCAACUGCUUACAAGUGGAACAUUAUGAUUACACAGGUUGAAUGUGAUUCUACCAACUCUUAUUUCCGUGAACUUGAAGCUCCCACCUCCUGCCUGCAAUGGUUUACUGAAUCAUUUGGAUCUUUCUCUAGCUUCAACUUUGACGCAACGGCAUAUUUUGCCCCAGAUCAGGAUUAUGCAAUUUGUAUUCGGAACCAAGGAAAUAAUCCCGGCAGCAGGACUUGUGGUGUGACUCUCAGAGCUACCAACUUUGGUUUGCCUGUAUUUGGGGAUGAUCUGCCAGCUUGUGGGCUAGGAUAUGAGACUGUAAAUGAAGCUGCUGGCCGUGAAUGUUGCCUGAAUCCGUCCUCCAGCUACCUGGGAUUUGUUGCUAGGCUCCCAAACCCUAAAUACGGAAACAAGAUGGCGACUAAGAGAUAUUGGUGUGGAGCUCAGCUGGGAAGAACCGGACAGAUCUCAAGCUCUACUGAACCAUAUGUCAUCAAGGUGUUCUCUGGACAAUACAGCAGUGAUCUGUCCAAAUACACUGAGUUUCCUCCUGUUGGGUUCAGCAUUGAUUACAAGAUUGAUACUGGAAUUUGCUAAGAAUUUGUGAAACUUGCUAUUUAUUUUAUGUUCUUAAUAUAUUUUAUCUUUAAAAA